UAGCUCACUUUGAAAUAUUCUGUGCACGAUAUAAAAACAGAUCCAACAAUUGCUAAUCUGAAGUUAAGGUAUGCAUGACAACGGUGCCCUCUCCAGGAGUAGUCCAGCCACUACUAGCCUAUGGCAUACACAAUGAUCUUCAGUCAGUGAAGAACAAUGGGCAUUUGGAGACACGGAACAGUUGGCAUGAACUUGGAGCGCGCUUUGCUCUCGUCACCGCCGUCAGUCGUGUCCAACCGUUUAAGAGGGGCAAGCAGACUCGCACAAAGUUGAGGAGAGUCAAGCUACAGCUCACACCAUGGUGGGAAGGAGACGCCCAAGAACAUCUAGCAAGACUCUCACAGAGCCGGCUAUAUUCGCAAAGGAGACCAGCUGUGAGUGUCGUGCCCCUCACGAGAGACUGACCACCAAGCAGGCCAGGCAUGCCACACCUGUGGACCGUCCGGUGCGGGUCUAUGCAGAUGGCAUCUUUGACCUGUUCCACUCCGGUCACGCUCGUGCUCUGAUGCAGGCCAAGAACCUCUUCCCUAACUCAUACCUAAUAGUAGGAGUGUGCAGUGAUGAGCUCACUCAUAAGUAUAAGGGCUUCACGGUGAUGACGGAGGACGAACGCUACGAGGCGCUGAGGCACUGCCGCUAUGUGGACGAGGUGGUGCGAGACGCUCCGUGGAGCCUCAGCCCAGAGUUCCUGGAGAAACACAAGAUUGACUUUGUGGCUCAUGAUGACAUCCCAUACUCUUCAGCAGGAAGUGAGGAUGUGUACAAGCACAUCAAAGAGGCCGGUAUGUUUGUGCCCACCCAGAGGACAGAAGGCAUUUCCACCUCUGACCUGAUCACGCGUAUUGUGCGGGACUAUGAUGUCUAUGCCAGGAGAAACCUGCAGAGGGGCUACACAGCCAAGGAGCUGAACGUCAGCUACAUCAACGAGAAGAAGUAUCGUCUGCAGAACCAGGUAGACCGUAUGAAGGAGAAGGUUCGCACCGUGGAGGAGAAGUCCAAGCACUUUGUCUACAAGGUGGAGGAGAAGAGUGCCGACCUCAUCCAGAAGUGGGAGGAAAAGUCACGGGAAUUCAUUGGCAACUUCCUGGAGCUGUUCGGCCCAGAUGGAACAUGGAAGCAGAUGUUCCAGGAGCGAAGUGGCCGGAUGAUCCAGGCGCUGUCCCCAAGCGGUUCUCCACGUGGUUCCCCAAGCGGUUCCCCACAUGGUUCCCCCAGCAGCAGCCCGCCCCGGGAGCUGUCCCCGCUCCGCUCCCCCUCUCCCCCGUCCCACUGGGCCCACUCUCACGCCCGGGCCUCCUCGCCCCCCUCCCCUAAAGCAGCCUCUGCCUCCAUUAGCAGCAUGAGUGAGGGCGACGAGGACGAGAAGUGAGCGAUCUCACACACACACACACUCACACACAGAUACACACACACAGGCACACACACACACACACACACACACACACACGUAUAUAUAUAAACUCAGUCAGACUUGCCUGUAGAGCUUAUCAAAAUUCCCUUCCCCACACACACAAAUAUACAGAAAUGCUAACCAAAACCCAGGCAUCUCAUCUCAUGCACACACACACACAAACCACACAUGCCUGUUGAGCCCUUCAACUCUUCCUCUCCACACACACACACAAAAACACUUGCCUGAACACAUCACCUCACAGGCACACACCAACACACACACACACACACACCUGUUACGUCUGACAUGCCUCUGGAGCCCAUCAACUCUCCUCCACAAAUGGCAGCACAAACACGCUUUCACACAUGUACACACACACACACACACACAUAUACCGGCAGCAAUGACUGAAUGCUACAUCUGAUGCUAAACCAUAAAAAAAACAUCAAAGGACUACAGUAAAACGUAAGGCGGAUCAUGUGGACUAAAAUGGAAUAACUGAACAUGCAGUACUGUUAUCACACUGAAAGCCAUUACAACUCUUUCUGCCUCUAGUUCAGAUGGAUGCAGGGAGGGAGAGUGACUAAGAACGAGUAAGGGGAAGGAAAGGGGGAGAAUGAGUGGUCGAGAUCUAGAUAGAUUUGUAUGCAGCUGUACGAUGACCCCUGCUGCUUGCCUUCAUUUUUGAAUUUUGCAUAGAAAAAUACUGUGAGAGACCUCCUAUUUAUGGGCAAUGCAUCAAAGAUGCAGUCUGGCUCAUCAGAACAAGGAGAUCCCAGUUCACUUGAAACGGAGCAGUUUGGUGCAGCACUCUUCAGCCAUUAAUUAUUUGUCACACACACACACACACACACACACUCCACAAUAAGGGUGCAAUCUAGAAUUGUUUUAAUUAGAUCCCUCUUAAGAAAGGUUCUUUGUGGAACUCUUUGAGGGUUCUUUGUGUAACAACUUACUAUUACAGCGGUGAGUAACCAUUACGAGGGAAACUGAGCCUGUUUUAGAAACAGGUUCUUUGUGGCCAAGGUUCCAUGUACAGUCUUUAUCUUUUUAAAGAGCUUACUUAGAACCUUUUUUGGUUGAAACAUUAUUGACGUCAAGUCCAUUUUAGGUUCUUUAUUCCAUCUUAGUUUUUUUGUGUGUUGCUAUCAGUUUCGUAUCAAGUAGUAUCCUUCAUUUGAAAGCAUUAUAACCAUGCAGUGUGUCCAUGCUGUUGUAUAUAUCCAUCCAAACAGGCACACUCUGAAUGAGGGACUGUUUGUGUUUGAAUGAUUUCAGACUGUGUGAUCACACUGGGGUGAGAUCUCAGGAUAGUGGCUCAUCCUAUCCUCUUUAGGUCUGACUACAGAAUAGGCCACCUGCUGUACUAUUUCAAUACUUCUUAACACACUAAUAAAAAAAUAUGAUGUCAAUCAGAUCAAAUGUACACACACACCACACAUACACACACACACAAACACACACAAAGCCAUUUCCACCUAGAGAUGUUGUGUAUGCAAUGUAUGUAACCUUGCACUCUGUACAAAUGUGUUUUAUUCUGGUUUUUUUUAUUAUCUUAUUUUUAUGUAUGAUUUGAAAUGGCUUAAAAUGUAAAUAAAUAGUUCAAUGACAAACAAUAUU